AUGGCAGCUGAUCUAGGAAGCGCCGAAUCUGGCCGCUUGCUCGAUGCGCUGGAGCAUCUAGAAGCCGUUGCGUAUGUCCCCGCCAAACAGCGGUACACAGACGCCGGCCAGCUAGCCAAAACAAUUGCGUCGGACGCGCACGAGAGCGGCAUUCCGCGGGCUGCGCUGGGCCGUCUUCUCAAAGUGCUUACGGCAAGAAACAACCUUGACCAAGGGACGGCGACGUCUCUUGUCAAGAAUCUGUAUCCCCGCGAACGGAUAUUGUCGAAACAUGCCACGCAGGUCGCUCUGCUGGUACGCUGGUUGAUUGUCGCGUACGAUGUCCUUGAAGACAAGUCUCAUCUGGGUAAACUAUAUGCCGUUUUGUUCAAUCAUCUGGACAUGAUUAGUCUUCGGAAACCGCUUUGUCAUUUGUUGUCGCUCAUUACGCGGCGGAAACAUGUGAAGCCGUUUCGGAUCCAGGCUCUUAUGGAGUUGAUUCAGAAUGCCGGUGGUGAGGAUAAGGAAUUGGUUAGCUUGCUGAAGGUUUUUAAGAACUAUUACCCUGAGAUUGUUGUUGGUGAUGCCGGGUCGAGGCGGGCGGGUCUGUUUUUCAAACACCCUGAUCCUGAAUGGUCUGGUCAUGUCAAGGUCCUGCAGGAUCGCAAUGCGGAGAUGAUGGAUGCCGAUCAAGAGCAAUCGAGCUAUCAGGUUGUUCAUCGGGGGACGGUGAAGCGGAGCAGGAUUGAGGUUGUUAUUCCUGUGCUGCAAACCUCUCGAGUGUCGAUGAAACAUACAUCCCUGGAAGAAAUUCGGGAUAUUAAUCACUUUGUCGACAAGUUGGAUCGGAUUGAGCUUCCCAAUCAGAUAAUUUCCACACUUGGUGAUGCGAUGGCUCAGAAAUAUCUUCAUUUGGUGCAGUCUGAAGCUGCGAAUCAUCGUCUUGAUGAGUGGUUGAGGAAUUUUUUGGAUGAUAGAUUGGAGCAGGUUCGGAAUGAUGAUGACGAUGAACCGGAGUCACUAUCAUAUGUUCUCAGCUUUGUUGAGGGAUAUGCGUCUUUUACCAAGUCGCUUCUCCCCUCGGUACGAGCUUUCUUAGAAUCCUAUCUCCAAGUAUGGAACGGCCGAGACAAUCGCGAGCAAGUUCUACGAUUGCUUCAAUACUUGCCCAUCGAAUCAUUUGCAUCUCUACAAACCAGCAUACUAUCACCACUUGAAUCUAGUCUGCUAGACGCAACUCUAUCAUCAAGAACAGCUCUGCUUGAUUUCUACACAGCAUUAAUUGCAGAAUGGGGCGUGAAGCUCCGACUCGAGCCAUCCGUCUCAGAAGAGUCCGAGCCCUUGACCUACGUCGUCAAACACGCAGAGCUUCUAGCAUCUUCAAUUCAAGAAUUUGCACCAACAGCCGACGACGAACAGCAACACAUCCCCGCCAACCCAGCGAUUCUACCAGUCCUUCGCUUCUACAAAUCCCUUGCAGACCUCUUCUCCCACGCUUCGACAAAUGCCCGAAUUCGCAUCACAGUCCCCCAAGCCCCGACCGUAUACACAAUCGCCUUCACACCCAGCAUCUCGAUCAUAUCAGGCCUAAACUCCAUUCUAGCAGGCUACAAAUCCGCCUUCGAAUCCUCACUCACCUCUACAGUCCUAACAUUACCCAAUCCGCCCGAACCGCUCUACGACACGAACCUGGUCGGCGAAUUCAACGGCUACGUAAUGGACAUGUGCAAUCUCCUCUGGCGAAAUCGCGCCUUAAAUACCGACGACCCGAAUGCACUGGGGUGUAUGAUUCCGGCCGCGACUACCACAGCCCUGACAACAUACGUGCGAAGCGUAAAUGACGCGGCCAGACACUAUGAUCGUGAAAGCGCGUUUCAUGUGACCCUUGCAUCGAUUUUCUCGCUCAGUCACCAUGCGGCAUUUUGUAAUCUUUCUGCGGCGGCCUUUGCGGAGUUGGAGGAUGGGCAGGGGGUUGAUGAUGAGGGGAGGCCUAGGAUGCGGAAACCUGUUACUCAGAAGGCGUUGCAGGCGCUUGAGAAGGAUGGGGGUGCGAAGGUUUCUUGGCAGGAGUAUCGGGUAAGUAUGCUUGAUUGGUUGGAUGGGGUUGGGAGUCGGGGGACGGCGGGUUUGAUGAGGAGUACUAUGAAGGCUUUGCGGAAGGAGUGA